ACCCCCAAUGCCGCCCAUCCCUAACACGUUCUAGUCGCGUUAAUUUUUUGCAUAAUAUUUAGUAUUAGUUCUAAACAAAGCUGCGAGUUAUGUCAUGUUUCCGGCUAGCGACUGCCACCAUCCAGGCCGGCGUCCGUCCCCUCACCCGUAGAGGAAAUCCGGAUUUUGCAUUUGCUCGCCGCCAGUUCGCAGUGGCGGUGGAAAACGGCGGCGGCAAGAAAAAGCCGAAGCCGAAUGGAACCUUCAAGCUGGCCAUUUUGGGGGCGACAGUGGGCGCGGCCACCGGAUCGGUGUACACAAUGUACCAGCGCUGGACGGACGGCAGCUCGCACAAGGAGCACGAGGAGACGAAGCCGCAGCGCCUGGAUGGGUUUCCUCCGGGCGUGCGGAUAACCAAGCGCUAUGUGAAUCCUAAGGACACCUCCGGUCUGGACAUAGUGCUCUUCCAGUUCCAGACAUGCCCCUUCUGCUGCAAGGUGCGCGCCUUCCUCGACUACAUGGGCAUCUCCUAUGCGGUCGUCGAAGUGGAUGCCGUUCUGCGGCAGGACAUCCGCUGGUCGUCGGUGAAGAAGGUGCCGAUGGUGCUGAUCCGGCAGCAGGAUGGGAAAUACGUCCAGAUGGUGGACAGCAGUGCCAUUGUGUCCCUGAUAGCCACCUAUCUGCAGGACAAGCGCACGGACAUUGGCGAACUGGCGCAGUUCUAUCCGCACACCUCGUUCUUCGACGAUGAUGGUCGAAAGAAGAACGACAUUUUGAACAAAUACUUCUUGAUGUACCGCGAGCACACGCCCAAGGGAGUGUCCAAGGAAACAGAGGAAACUGAUCGCAAGUGGCGAACCUGGGCCGACAGCCACCUGGUGCACCUGAUAUCGCCGAAUUGCUACCAGACCAUGGGCGAAUCCCUGGAGACUUUCGAGUGGUUUUCGCAGGCCGGCGAGUGGGAUGUACACUUUCCCAAGUGGGAGCGCGACCUGAUGGUCUACUGUGGCGCCACGGCGAUGUGGGCCAUUGCCAAGAUGCUGAAACGCCGCCACGCCCUCAGCGAUGAUGUCCGAUCGCACAUGUACGAUGCUCUGGACCAGUGGACCUCCGAGCUAAAGAAGCGGAACACGAAAUUCAUGGGCGGUAAACAGCCCAGCCUGGCGGAUCUCUCGGUUUUCGGUGUGCUUUCGAGCAUGGAGGGUUGUCAGACGUUCAAGGAUUGCCUGCAGAACACCAGCAUUGGUAAAUGGUUUUAUGAUGUCAAAGCCUUGGUGGAAAAGAACCGGGGACAACUGCAAAGAGAACGCGUCGAAGGAUUGGCCGCUAUAGCUUAAAUCAAAUCAUCUGCCCUAGUUUUAUCCAAAGAUUGUUGAAAAUAACCAAACUGUUUAAUAAAAAACAUUUUAUCCAA